AUGGACGCUGGGGGGCAGUCAUGUUCAGCUCGCGGUUUUGGAGCGGGCGUUUUGGGACCAAGGAGGAAGAACGUGAGCGAAAAAGGGGAAGUUCGGUUGCCGGGCGCCGAAGUUAGUGAGUUAAGUCUGCAACAGGCCAAAUGCAUUCAUGGUCACACACAAAGUUGUGAAAUCUACCACACCAACUACGUGAGAAACUCCCGGGCCAUAGGCGUCAUGUGGGCUGUGUUCACCAUCUGCUUCGUCAUCAUCACGGUGGUGGUCUUCAUUCAGCCUUUCUGGAUCGGGGACAGCGUCAACACCCCCCAGGCUGGAUACUUCGGUCUCUUCCACUACUGCAUCGGCAACGCCCUCACAACGGAGCUCAUCUGCAGGGGAAGCCUGCUGGACUUCGGUUCCAUCUCGUCUCCGGCCUUCCGCACAGCCAUGUUCUUCGUGGGCACGUCCAUGCUCCUGAUAGUCGGCACCAUGGUAUGUUUCAGCCUCUUCUUCUUCUGCAACGCCGGCAGUGUCUACAAGAUCUGUGCCUGGAUGCAGCUGGCCGCGAGUGUUUUGAUGGUGAUGGGCUGUAUGAUCUACCCGGAUGGCUGGGACGCCCCGGAGGUGAAGCAGAUGUGUGGCCAGAGGACUGAUAAGUACAGUCUCGGGGACUGCACAGUGCGCUGGGCCUACAUCCUGGCCAUCAUCAGCAUCCUGGAUGCUCUACUCUUAGCCUUUCUGUCCUUCACUCUUGGUAACCGCCAGGACAAACUGCUGCCAGAAGACUUUGAGCUGGAAGGGGCAGGUAGGAGUCAUUUAAACUGA